CCUGCGGCGCCUGUGUUCGCCGAGCUAAUAAAGUUUUGUUGGAAGAAAAGCGGCGCCUCCUCUCGCUCCUGCCCCUCCCUCUUGGAGCCGCUCGCCGCGCCCGGCUCCUCCCUCCCGGCUCGGGCCCGGGGGCGCUUGUUUCUCGCCCAGCUGCGCGCGCGCCAAGAGCUCGAGCCGGAGCCUCCCGGCGGCUCCCCCCCAGGUGCUGCCGCCGCCGCCGCCUCCUCCUGCGGGCACGAUGCAGUUUAUGUUGCUUUUUAGUCGUCAGGGGAAGCUGAGACUUCAGAAGUGGUAUGUCCCGUUGUCUGACAAAGAGAAGAAGAAAAUCACAAGGGAACUUGUUCAGACAGUGCUGGCUCGUAAACCGAAAAUGUGCAGCUUCCUGGAGUGGAGAGACCUAAAGAUUGUCUACAAAAGAUAUGCAAGCCUUUAUUUCUGCUGUGCUAUUGAAGAUCAGGACAACGAACUGAUAACCCUGGAAAUAAUUCAUCGUUAUGUGGAACUACUUGACAAGUAUUUUGGCAGUGUGUGUGAACUUGAUAUCAUCUUCAAUUUUGAAAAGGCUUAUUUUAUUCUGGAUGAGUUCCUGUUGGGAGGGGAAGUUCAGGAGACCUCCAAGAAAAACGUUCUUAAAGCCAUUGAGCAGGCAGAUCUGUUACAGGAGGAAGCAGAGACCCCACGUAGUGUACUUGAAGAAAUUGGACUCACAUAAAUCUCCUCGGAAGUCUCCUGGUGUUUCACAUACUGUAAAUGUUCACUGCCAUCAUUUUAAUGUUUAGCUAAUGGUGUAAGAUGCUGUUUGUCAGUAUUACUGUUUUGCUAAGUUGCUUCAUUCAGGCCUACAAGAAAAUAUCCCAUUUAAAGUUUUAAAAAAGGGAACAAAAAUUUAAAACCUCCAAAAAAGGAUAAAAGAAAGGGAUUUCAAUUCAAGACCUCUCUCUGCAUUUGAGAGCAUCAUAGGUGACGACUUCAGUAAUUAUACUGUUUUAUAAGUACCAGUGACUUAAGGAAACAAAUGAAUCAGCUUCAAUACAUUGUCAUGUUUAACAGAAAGGAAAGUACAUGUGACAACUUUAAAUGUGAAACGUAACAAUAUGGAACUUGGUUUUAUGCAACCAAAGACUUAUUUGUUCAUCUACAUUUUAUGUCAACAUUUGUGAAAAAUCUGCUUUUUUCAGUUAAUACAGAAAGAUUGGGAAUUAACUGUUUACUAUGGAAUUUUUUUCAUUAUACCAAAGAACCCUAUUAUGAUCUGUAUAUCAAACUGGUAUGAGCUGUUAAGGUGGCUUCAUUUUUUAGGAACAGGGCUGCAACCAGACCAUUUGAUAGAAAUGGAAGUAUACAAUACAAAGAUUUUUCACACAAGUACAUGAGAGUUAAUGUAUUAUAAAGGAAAUGCAGGUUGUAAGAAGUAAUUGUUUAUUGGAACCAUCCUGUUUUAACAUCAAUAUUAUUGCUUAAUCACUGUAGACUUGUACCUAGAUUAUGUACUUUGCCGUUCUGACUAUUCAGAUGAGUAGAUAGAUAAUGUAAAAUACACUGGGGUAGCACUUGACCUCAUGGAGAGAAGGGAAUAAUCUAAAGGGAAAGUUAAAAAUGUGCAAUUUAAAAGUUAGAGAGAGCAGGUGAGUAAGAUAAUAUCUUUUAUUGGAUCAACUUCUGUUGGUGAGAGAGUUUUUGAGCUUACUACACUUCAGGUCUGAGAAAUGUACUCUGAGAGUCACAGCUAAAUACCAGGUGGAACAGAUUGCUUAGCAUAAGUAGUUAACACACAUUUCAAGGGACCAUUCAAGGUGAAGUGCCCCACUAACACUCCUCCAGUCAUAGGGGGAAAUGGAAAGGGGGAGAAGGCAGCUGGGGGAGGGUUGUUAGUCAGCCCUGGUGCAGCCUUCCCAAAAAUGGGGGGGGACCAGGGCUCCUGCCCCUUCUGUGGCUCUGCCCGAGUUCCUGCCAAGCCGGAAGCUGGAGCAGGUUGGGAGCCGAGGACUCUCCACCUGCCUAGCGUUUGCGGGGGUCCCUAGAGCAGCCCAUGGUCUGUGUCCCCAACCCAGCUCCAGCCGGGGGAUAGGGCCUUGGAGCUGCAGCCCGGCUGUAGUAAGAGCCACACAGCCAGUCAGCUGUGAGGAGGCAUGGACCUUUCACCUGCCCUGGAUGGGGAGCCCAGGGGCAGGGACAUGGGCCAGGGACUUCUCUUUGGCCCCCCACCCUGAGCAGGUGGAAGUGUUGAGUCAGCGGCACAGUGCAGCCUGCUGCCGAGGCUCCCCAGCCGGGCUCCAGUUGCUGGCCUGGCGGGGUGGGCCUCGGGCAAAAGUCGGGGGCAGGGCCUGUGGUGAAAAGUGGACAGGCCAGGCCCAUCCGCUUUCAAAAAGUGGGAGGGGCAUAGCCCCCUUUCCAGUGCUGAUGUCAGUGGGGUAUAGAUUGUUGUGAUAAACCAUAAAUCCAGUGAAAAUUAUAAGACAAAAACACCACAUCACCUGUGGAUGAAAAUUUUUCUCAAAGUGAUCACUCUAUAUCUGACGUAUCAGUCCUCAUCCUCAAAGGAAACCUGCACAACACUUUCAAAAGGUGAGCCUCUGAGAUUAAAUUCAUAACUUUGCUAGACACUAAAAAUCAUGGACUGAACAGAGACACUGAAUGUACGGCUUAUAACAACAAUCUUGUAUCCACUAACAACCCCCCUACCCAAGCUGCCUUCCCCCAUAUUUCUUCCGCCCCUAGAACUGGAGGGGUGCUAACAGGCCACUUGACCUUGAAUGAUCCAUUGAAAUAUGUGUUAUCUGUUACGCUAUCUGUUCCACAUUGUGUUUAGCUGUGACUAAGUACAUUUCUCAGACCUGAAGAAGAGCUCCAUGGAAGAUCAAAAGCUUCUCUCUCACCAACAGAGUUCGUCCAAUAAAACAUAUCAUCUCAUCCACCUUGUGUGUUUAAUAUUCUGUGACAGACAUGGCUACACCACUGCAUAUAACUAAUUUAGAAGUUUAGUUUGAACCCUAGAAACAAGACUAAUGGCUUUGCAUUUAUUAGUAUAUUAUGGUAUGCUCAAUGGGGGCAUAAGCACUGGUUUUAAAAAUCUGUUUUAUUAACCUGCUUCAUUGCUAUAUAUUAAUGUCCUGUCACCAUACAUGCAGGUGACAUUCAUUGUGAAAUUACUAAGCUUAAGCAAACAAGUGUUUAUAUACGGUACCACCAAACUAAUUAACACUGAGGUCCUAUUGAAAAUUGGUGAGUUUCAGCGUGUAAAUGAACAAAUAAUCAAGGGUAAUACACCACAAAAUAUACUUUUGUUCAUUUACUUUGACAGUUAUAGGUGUUUUGCAAUAUAGUCUACACUUUAAGUAUUUAGUCUUAUGAGAUCUCUGUACAGAACUCUGUUCUGUUGCUAAGAAGUCAGUGCCAUUUUUUUUCUGCAAAUUAUAUGUGGAGUAGCAAAGUUCUACUGUGUGUAUCUGCAGUGAUGACAAGGUGAGUGUUUUUCUAAGCUUGUUCUAUUGGAACUGACCAUAGGCUCCAUAACAUUUCAGUUUGCUCACUUGACGUAAGCAGUACACCACAUUUACAGUAUUCAUUUCCACUCAUCUCAUGUACAGAACACAAGCCUCUCAAAUCACUAGAAUAUCAUGUUUGAAAAGGUACACAAGACCCCUGUUCUGCAUUUCACUUGUCGAAUAUGUAAAAAAAAAAAAGAGAUACAACUGGUAUGGGAUGGCCUGCUGUUUGUGCUGUUGAAGUGAUUGAAUUUCCUUCAUUUAAAAUGUCAAUCUGAAAGCAGUUUUAUGUGUUUAAACAAACCUAUUUCUAAGGUUUACGCUGUCACUUGUAUGUGCUAGGCUGGAUUAAGCUUUGUUGUGAUUGUAUCAAAACCUGUAACCACUGUCUUACAAUUAAUGUGAUUCUAAUAAAUGUUCACUUUUACACCA